AUUGUGCCUUGUAAAAGUUGUGUUGAGAGUCGCGUUCUCUUUCGCGAUAGAAGCUUUACAAGUGUUGUCUUAAAUGAAUUAGUUGAGGCUUAAAUUCAGAAAUCAGUUGUAUUGUUGUAUGAGAUCUGCUGAUUACAAGGGAACAGAAGAAAUCGUGAAACUGGUGAACCGAUUUGGUUCCAACAGAAUGUGGAAGGGAAUUCUUGAUUCGCGGGAAAAUACAAGAAUCUGCUGAAGUAUCGUGAACAGCGAAGAUCUACGAUGAUAAUGUUAAGUGUAGAUAAGCACUGGAGGUGUUUGUGGUAAUCUAAGAACGAUAAAGCGAACAGCACAAGAUAAAAACUUUAGUGUCGAUGGUGCUGUUAUGAAGUCAAGCCUUCGAUUGCUUUCGGGUUUUGGUAGAUUUUAAAAGGAUACGUAUUACUACGAGCCUACGUUCUGGAUACCUUCGUUACGAAAGUGCGAACUCAACCGUGAACUAUCGGUGACAAUUUAUACAGAUAAGAAGAAAACAUGCCACUAUUUAAACCGAAAAGUUUACCAAGAUCUCCGGUAACGGAGAAGCCAACCAAUGGUACCCAUCAUGAUAAUCAUACCAAUACCAAUGGUACCAGCCGAAACUCUCAAGAAUUACCACCUGUCAGUCCUCUAGGAAGGCCACAAUUGGUUUUUCAUUGUCAACUGGCUCACGGAAGUCCUAUGGGACUUAUAUCUGGAUUUAGCAAUGUGCGGGAGCUCUACCAGAAGAUUGCCGAGUGCUAUGACAUUCCACCAGAGGAAAUACUUUUCUGCACUUUAAAUACGCACAAAGUAGAAAUGUCGGAAUUGCUCGGUGGGCAAAUUGGCUUGGACGAUUUUAUAUUUGCUCAUAAAAAAGGACGACCGAAGGAAAUCGAACUGGUCAAGACAGACGAUGCACUUGGUCUUACAAUUACGGAUAAUGGCGCUGGCUAUGCAUUUAUCAAGAGAAUCAAGGAGGGUUCCGUGAUAGACAAAGUCAAGGUCAUUCAAGUCGGAGAUCACAUCGAAAAGAUUAAUUCGGAAAAUUUAGUUGGUAGGAGACAUUUCGAAGUUGCCAAGAUGUUAAAGAACAUUCCCAAGGGUUCAAAGUUUACCUUGAGAUUAAUUGAACCACAAAAGAAUGGAUUUGGUAGUAUCGGACCCAGGAGCGAUCCCAGGAAAGGCAAAAAACAGGCUUAUGGUUCCGGUAAAGAAACUCUCAGGUUUAAGGCUGACGGAAGUGCUCAAAUAGAAAAAGUAAGUGACGAUGCAGCUACGGUUGGAAUAGAAAAGAUUAAUUCAAUUCUGGAAAGCUUUAUGGGGAUAAAUGAUAAUGAAUUAGCUACACAAAUUUGGGAAUUGUCAGAAGGAAAACAAAACAGUAUGGACUUUGCUGAGGCUAUUGAUAAUUCUGAUCUGGAAGCUUUUGGCUUCACUGAUGAUUUUGUGAUCGAACUCUGGGGUGCUGUGACUGAUGCGAGAGCGGGACGCCUUCGAUGAUUGACGAUGAGCAUGAUUAAACUUAAAUAUGCAAAAUAAAAUAAUGAUUUAUUUUGUUAUUGAUUUGAGUGAGAAGCUGGCAAAGAAAAGUAACCAGGCCAGAAAGCACUGAACUAGGAAUGUUUGCAAUAUUGUGUCACUUAAAUAUUAAACGGAUAAAUAAUAAAACGGAAUUGUGUAUACGACGAAUAUAUUUUACAUUGAAUUAUUGUGAGCGUGAGGAAAAUAUAUCCUUUAAAUUGAAUAUUAGCAGUCGCGACUUAGUAAUAAACGGGAUAUUCUGUGUCAUUGUAGAUUUACAACAGAUACAGUUAUGGCAAAAUAUAAUUUAUUUAUAAUUCCGGGAUGCCACGCAGAUAUAAUAAUUAUAUUAUAAACGCGAGUGAUCAAGUACAGAGUGUUAAUUCUUUAGGGCCCACCUAAACUUACAAUUAGUGUUAUUUAAUUUAAAGAAUAUCUUUCAAGUGUUUAUAUUGUGUAAUGAGAUUAAACCGUAUAAUAGUAAUAUAUAAAUACCUUGAUAUUUGUAUAGAUACCUUUUAAAUAAAAAUGGUCAUACAAAAUCAA